AUGAAAGUCGUACCAAUUAUUUUAUUGACAAUUGCCGCAGCGGCUAAUUCAGAAAACCUGUGUCCUAAAAUACAAGAAGUUGAUUGGAAAGUAGAACUGCUGUUACCACACAGGUAUUGCAACAAGUUCUAUCAAUGUACUCACGGUCAGCCGGUGGAGAUGUCAUGUCCACCAGGGAGUUACUUCAGCAUAACCGACCAGGUUUGCACCUGGAAGGAAAAUGUUGAUUGUGCAAAUAGAAUAACUAUUGAAGAUUCGAAGCCAGAUGACGGGAAAAGCGAAGAAGUAGAUAGACCUGUCUUGCCUAUUAUAGAAUUUCAUCCAAAUGGUUGCCCGGUAAAUGAUGAAAUACAUUGGUUGUUGCCUCACGAGAGAAGUUGCAGUCUAUUUUAUUAUUGUGUGCAGGUCCUACCAAUCAUUUUACUGACAAUUGCCGCAGCGGCUAAUUCAGAAAACCUGUGUCCUAAAAUACAAGAAGUUGAUUGGAAAGUAGAACUGCUGUUACCACACAGGUAUUGCAACAAGUUCUAUCAAUGUACUCACGGUCAGCCGGUGGAGAUGUCAUGUCCACCAGGGAGUUACUUCAGCAUAACCGACCAGGUUUGCACCUGGAAGGAAGAUGUAGAUUGUGGAAAUAGAAUAAUUUCUGAAGAUUCGGAGCCAGAUGACGGGAAAAGCGAAGAAGUAGAUAGACCUGUUUUGCCUAUUAUAGAAUUUCAUCCAAAUGGUUGCCCAGUAAAUGAUGAAAUACAUUGGUUGUUGCCUCACGAGAGAAGUUGCAGUCUAUUUUAUUAUUGUGUGCAGGGUGAGAGAGAUAUCAGACGAUGUCCGUUUUGGUUGCAUUUUAACAGGAAGCUUCAGGUUUGUGACUGGCCAAGAAACGCUGGUUGUAUCGAGUUUGCAGAGUAA